AUGAAUUCAGGGCAAACAACUACAGCAUCGGAAGGACCAACAACUGUUGACCCCGGGCCCACGGGAUCCCCAAGUCCCGGACCAACAAGUGCAUCAUCAUCAGGGCAAACAACUACAGCAUCGCAAGGACCAAUAACUACAGGAGAUCCCGGACCAGCAGGUUCUGGAUCAACAAAUGCAUCAGCACCAGGCCAAACAACAACUGUUGAUCCCGGGCCAGCAGGAUCCCCAAGUCCCGGAUCAACAAGUACAUCAGCAACAGGCCAAACAACUACCGUAGCACAAGGGCCAACAACUACUGGAGGUCCUGGACCACCAGCUUCUGGAAGUCCUGGACCAACAGCUUCUGAAAGUCCCGGAAUAACAGCUACCCCAGGUCUCGGACCAACAACUAUGAAAAUGUAUUCAACAACUGAAAAACCAUAUGAACCAACAACUCAAAUGGAUACUGCAGACACAACGCUUACAGAAAUGGGGCAUGCACCUACAGAAACAUAUUAUGAAUCAAUGUCCGAUUACUUCAUAAAGCAAAGUUUUAAUCAAUGGGAUAUUCUGAACAAAACCAAUAGCACCAAUUUCUAUAAUACUCGUAAUUCGGAACUCGAUGCUGCUUUAAUGUACGCUCAAUUUUCUGCGAAGGUUUCCGAGGUUGAGGUAUUGAAAACAGGCCAUUUGUUGAAAGAUUUUAUGAUUAACUGCAAAUUUGCUGGUUAUCCGUGCUCACCGCAUAAUUUCACAGCUUUCCACAAUCAUAAAUAUGGCAAUUGUUACACAUUUAAUCACCCUGGAAAAACGAAUUCGGCGAAAACCAGAUUUGCUGGACCAUUGUAUGGUUUAACAUUAGAAUUAUAUUUAGAACAGAGCGACUAUGUACCAGCACUGUCCCAGGAGGCGGGUAUAAGGGUUGUCAUUCAUUCGAGAAAUGCCACACCCUUUCCCGAGGAUGAAGGUGUAUCAGUCUCCCCAGGGUAUGCAACCUCCAUAGGGCUACAAGCGGUUGAAAUGGUACGUUUAGGACCACCUCAUUCUGAUUGUGCCAAUAUUGGAACCACUGAUGAUCUGUAUCAACUUCAUUCUGCCUACGACUACAGUAAAAUAUCUUGUAUGAAAUCAUGCUACCAAGAACUCAUCAUAGACGAAUGUGGUUGUGAAUCUCCAGUUUACUAUGUAGUAAACAAAGCUGGUGUCUGUAAUAUGACCAAUGAGGACGAUGAAUGGUGUGUUUCAAAUAUAGAGAGUAUAAGACAAUCAGAGUAUAAAGGAUGCAAUACAAAAUGUCCUCAACCCUGUAUAGAGAGAAAAUAUGAUAAAUCUAUUUCUGCAGCUGAAUGGCCAUCCAAUAAUUAUAAGGAACAGCUAACAAGUCGUUUUCAAAGAAGUAGAAGCGAUUUUAUGGACAGCUUUUCUCUUGGGGGUGAUCAGUUAAAAGAUUUUGUUAAACUUCGGGUAUAUUAUCAAGAAAUGGUUUAUAAGAGUAUAGAAGCCACCAAAUCUUACGAGUCGAUGAAUUUAAUCAGUGAUAUUGGUGGACAGCUAGGACUGUGGCUAGGAUUGUCAGCUAUUACGAUUGGAGAACUAUGUAGUUUUAUUUUAUUGUUAGUUCGCGGAUUAUCGUCUAAAUUGUGCUCCAGUAAGACAACGCCAGUAGAAAAAGUUAAACUUGACCAAGUAUCAUAA